CUUCCUUAAUUUUUCAUUUUCGAAAAUUUUUACGUCUCUCUUAUUCAUUGACUAGUUUUACCUAGACGUAAAGUGAUACGGCUAAAGUAUAGGGCAGUUAAACUUGCCGUACAUACGAGAAUAUCGAUAGCGCCUCAGUGCUAUGUAAGAGACUUGGCACCUGUGCGAGAAAAAAGGAGUGAAUGAGAGAGGGGACUUGGGGAGGCAUCAAACCACCGUAGCCUCUCCUCCCUCAAGUUAAAUCAACUCGUUUUUAUAAAUAAUAAUGGAGAACAUUGAUUGGAUAGUGGCAGGUUGGUGUAUUUGUACAAUGUACAUAGAGUAGAAAGAGCUUAACUAGUAACAUAUGUAUGCAUAAGUCCCUCGAGAAGGACCCGUGAGGCCUGAGGCCUGCAAGUCAGACAGUCUAUCGGGUUAACCUCAUGCACAGAAUACAGCCAAUCAGACGUCAUUGCUCCCUUCCCCUUACUCCUUAACCCUCCCCCGGUGCGCCAUUGUAGCACUUGUACUUCUCCUUCACUCCGCUCUCCCCAAUCUGCAAAUCAGUUUGCCGCGGGCCUUCCGUCAGUUCUGUCUGUACUGUGUGAACUUUUGAGGCGCAUCGAUUCAAACCUCUCCAUUCAAACCAUUCUGCCUCAAUAACAUCAUGCCAAUCCCCUUGAAUUUAUAUAGAUUUUAUUCAACGGAUACCAUGUCAAUUAUUGAAUUUCAAUGUGGUGCAAUAUCUAAUUGCUAUUCUCGCUCGCAUUAUUUUACUUAAGAUAACCAUUGUUUGUCAAUAAAUAGAGAAUUGUCAAAAAGGUGACUGAAAAAUUGGUGAUUUAAAAAAUGCCAUUUACUUGGUUCUGUGUUGCCGAUUAAACAAACAAACAAAAAAAAAAUAUAGUCAGUGGAUAGAUAUAUAAAUUUUAAGAGGGUUAUGGCGCCUCCUGAUAGGAUAAGAAGAUGCUCACCACCUCCGCGUUCUGGCGCUGGCCUCAGUCACUCGGUUCUUGAUUUGGCACAAAUUCGGGCCCUAGUCGAGUCAACAGGCAUGGUGGGGUGUUCCAUGUGUCCAUCCUGCCAAAUGCCGUUCGACAAAGGAAAGAAACGCCGACUCAUUGAUUCAUGUGGCCACGAGAGAUGCUACUCGUGUCUAUUUCGCAGUGAGGCAUGUCCAAUAUGUCGUAAUACAUAUGAAAAUAGCCAAGAUGAUUCUGUUAUACUGCAGGAUGAUAUUGUCAAUUACGAUACUGGUUUUUGUUCCUCCGAGCCAGUCUCUGUUAUAGCAACUGACGACUGGGAUGACGAACCCUGUGGCAGUCCUCAGUUCACCACCAAAAUCAUUAGAAAUUUACCCAAUCGUGUCGUCCAUCAAGGAUUGGAGAGCGUCAUGUCUUCAUCAAUUAUGGGAAAGGGAGCAAAGGGCAAGCCACCGAUUCUUUCAGAGUCUAGCGCUUCCCACUCUCGUCACAAACCUCAAGUUAUGGCUCAGAGUUGUUCUACACCACACAAUCAACGGAGACGAUUUUUUUUGAGUUCCAAGGGUCUAAAGAGUCCCUUCACCCCACAAAAAUCGAGGAGAGGUCCGUCCACAUCGCAGCAAGAGAACGAUAAUCCUUCUACUCUAUCAGCGUGGAUGACAUCCUCAUGGGAAGGUACCUCACGUUGGCCAGGCGUGGUGCUUGGAAAAAUAAAAUCUUUAUGGAGUACAAAUCAAGGAACUGCUAGUGAUGGAUUGAAUCAGCUUAUUGAUCCGCCAAGAAUACCGAAAUCCGAUGGCCUCAACAGGCUUGUCAAUGCACCGAAAAAAUCUAAAAUCUUGAUUCUUGAACACUUCAAAAGACCAACAGAUGACGAAGGAGGUAGUGUAAAACCACUAUCCUCAAAAAGUAGAAAAUCUUCACAAUCUGACCUAUACAUGCGCCUGGGUCUUCUCCUGGGUUCAGGGCAUCUGCGCACCUCCUCCGGAAUAGAGCCAAUCGCCUCAUCAUCACAACAUCCUCAACGAUCAGAUUCACGAUGCCAUGAGGCAUCCUUCAGCAGCUUAACCAGUUUCGAUCAACAGACACUGGCUUCAACAAACACCAGUCCAGUAUCGACGCUGACCGGCACAUCAAGUGAAGCCGAAGUUGCAGCGGCAUUGCGUUCUACCCCAAUGAAACCAAAAGGCAAAUUCAGGCAAAAAUCAAAGAUAAAAGACUGUGAUUCAGCCGGAAGUCUUGCCUCAAUAUCCACCUCGAUCUCAGCAUCAACCUCCAUGUCCAUGUCUAUGUCAAUGUCAGUGUCGGUUUCAGGUCUUUCCAAUGGCAGUUGCAGUCCUCUCACCUCUCGAAAAAUCUCAAUAAACCCUGAAGAUGAGGCAAGCUUGAAGAAUCGAAAAUGUUGCGCGAGAAGAUCGGGUCGAGGAUUAAUCAAGCCCCUAGAAUUAAAAAUGAGAUUGCUCUCUCACCCCACAGCUCAGCUUACCCUUAAACCCCUUUUCUUCGAGGUACCAUCAAUCGAACCAGAUCCAUGCUUUACUGGUAGGCUUUGGCUUCUUCAAGAGCUAGACAAUCUCAUCAAGGGUUCUAGCCCUGGGGUGCUUUUGUCAGGAGCACCAGGUACUGGAAAAACGUCGCUUAUUCUUCAACUAGUUGAGCACAGUUGUUUUGGCAGAAAGAGAGAGCAAUGUUUGAGGGCAGAAAUGGCCGAAUGUGAUGAAGAUGAGGCGUUUAGUCAGGAUAAACAGACAAUGACAUCGACCUUUGAAAUCAAUAUUAAAAAGACUAAUGAGAAGAUACGAGAAAUAGCCAGCCAUGUGGUUGCAUAUCAUUUUUGUCAAGCUGAUAACAACAGUACUUGUUUAGUUCCUGAUUUAAUUCAUUCUAUAGCUGCCCAAUUAUGUCAAGCACCCCAAUUGAUUGCAUACAGAGAGUAUUUGUUAUCGGAGCCACAUUUACAAGGAUCAUUAUCUCAGAGAGAAUGCACGGUAGACCCUGAUCUCGCCCUAUCUAGGGGCAUUAUUGAGCCAAUGCUGACUCUUAGAAAGACUGGACGACUUCCUGAGGUGAACAUGGUGGUGCUUAUUGAUGCUAUUUGUGAGGCUGAAUAUCACAGGCCUGACAGAGGUGAUACUAUUGCUUCCUUUCUUACUAGACACGCACCUAAUUUUCCCAGCUGGAUGAAAAUUGUGUGUACUGUAAGGAGCGAGCUGAGGGAGUGUGCUAAGGCUUUUCCUUAUACUAGAAUUUCUCUUGAUAGAAAUAGUAAUAGCAGCACUUCAAUCGGUCUUUGUAUUGGCAGAGAUUUGUCUGAAUACAUAAGCCACAGGUUGGCCCAAAGCGCUGUUAUACAGGCUAAUAUCACAUCAAGUGUUAAUGGAAAGGAGUCCUCCUGUGGAGCAAAUCACAACAGGUUCGCUACACAUCUACUCUCCCUCGCUGGAGGCAGCUUUCUUUUUGUGAAGCUCACCCUUGAUCUCAUUGAGAGUGGACAUAUUGUUGCUAAAUCUGCCACUUAUAAGGUUUUGCCAGUAUCUUUAGCACAGAUAUACCAACUUCAUUUCAAUCUGAGAUUUCCAACUGCCACUUCAUUUGAAAAAGUUCAGCCACUUCUUGCUGUCUGUCUAGCAGCUCUUUAUCCACUUACACUGCCAGAAAUUUUUUAUUCGGUCAAUUCAUUGUAUAUGGAGCAGUUCGUUUCAUGGGAGGAAUUUUUACAGAGAUUUAAGAUGCUCUCUGGUUUUCUCGUGAAACGUCUGGACGAUACAUAUAUGUUCUUUCAUCCCUCUUUCAGAGAGUGGUUAAUUCGUCGUGAUGAAAAUGAAUCAGUGAAAUUCCUAUGCGAUCUUCGUCUGGGACACACAGCUAUAUCCUUCCGUCUCUCUCGGCUGGAAUGUCCCCUAUCAGGUGAUAAAGUUCUAGAGCUUGGUCAUCAUAUUUUAAAAGCCCACCUCUACCGAGGAGUGAGCCCCUCUUUUCCUUCACGAGAUCUCCAAGCUUGGUGGAUGAGUUGGUCAACGGAGUGCAUCUCAUCAGCCGUGUGUACGCUACGUAAUAUCUACAGUCCGAACGUUAAAGUAUCAAGAUUACUCCUGCUGGCAGGAGCCUCCCCCAACCAUAGAACCGAAUAUCUCGGCAACGCCCCAGUUCUCUGUAUGUAUGCUCAUGAAGGCUCAGUAGAGAUGGUCUCUCUCCUGUUGGAAUUUGGAGCUGAUGUUGAGCUUACCAAUUCUCAAGGGUGUACAGCUCUUUCUCUCGCCUCUACACGUGGCCACUGCGAUGUUGUUCGGUUGUUGGCUGGUGCUGGAGCCUCAUUGGGUCACGCAGAUAUAGCUGGCCAGUGUCCCCUCGUUCAUGCAGCACGCCAUGGACGUUUUCCAGUUGUUGGCUAUCUAUUGGCAUGCGAUUGGUCCACUCCUACUAGUGAAAGUCAAAUAGUACCAUUUGAAACCUCACGCGAGGAAGCAGCUCAACAGGCUGUUGUCGCAGCAGCUUCCCAAGGCCAUGAGUCGGUCGUUGAAUAUCUUCUCGACAUGGCUAAAGUCAAUAUCGACGGGUCUGAUACAUUAAUUGGAGAAACUCCAUUGACAAUUGCAUCGGCCCACGGCUCAACAGCUACAGUAUCAGCUCUAUUAGCUAGAGGGGCUAAUCCCACAGCUCUCAACGCAAAAGGUUUAACUCCAUUGAUGUUAGCCGCUCGAGAGGGCCAUUGGGGAACUGCAGAACGCCUUCUUCAGGACUAUACUAAUGCCCAUGCCACUUCCAAAUCACUUUCAACUUCAAUUGAACAAGUAACAACAGAGCAAUUACUUGAACAAAGAGAUACUAUGGGAAGAACAGCACUUAUGAUGGCUGCGUCGGAGGGACACAUCAAUGUAAUUGAUCUACUGUUGGAAAGAGGCGCUUCACUGGAGGCUGUUGAUAAGGAGGGACUGACUGGAUUAGGUUGGGCAUGUGUGAGGGGUAGAGUUGCUACGGUACAAACACUAUUAGACCGUGGUGCUGAUAUUGGUGCUAAUGAUAAAACGGGCAGGACACCUUUGGAUCUCGCUGCCUUCCAGGGUAAUCCAAAAUUGGUUCAAUUAUUGUUGGAGAGGGGAGCUGUUGUUGAACACGUCGAUUUAAACGGAAUGAGACCAUUGGAUAGAGCUAUUGGCUGCAGAAAUAUACCUGUUAUCCAGUGUUUUUUGAGAAGAGGGGCUAAACUCGGCCCAGCAACAUGGGCUAUGGCACAGGGCAAACCUGAUGUACUAUUAAUACUCCUGAAUAAAUUACUUGAAGAUGGCAAUGUGCUUUACAGAAAAGAACGACUCAAGGAAGCCUCUCACAGAUAUGCUUAUGCCUUGAAAAAGUUUCCCGGAGCUUCCGAUCAAGCUCAAGAUUCUCCAAAUCAAGAAGGGAACAAUUUGAUUUUUCAUCUUCAAACAUUUACACAGUUGAAGCUCAAUUUUUUGCUCAACCUUAGUCGGUGUAAACGUAAAAUGAAUGAAUCUGAAGAGGCUUUAGAAUUAGCAAACCAAGCUCUCAAAAUUCGUCCAUCGUCAUACGAGGCAUUUUAUGCUCGUGCCAAGGCUAAAGUUGAUUUAACAUAUUAUGAAGAUGCUCUGGUGGACGUUAAAGAGGCUCUGCAAAUAGCCCCAGUUAAUAACCGACAGGAUCGUCGUGUUUUAUGUGCCUUGAAGGACGAGAUAAUAUCAAAAAUAGAGGGAACAGGAAUAGGAUGCAGCAAGACUCUGGUUGACGUUACUUCUAGAAGAUUCAGAGCAUCGGUUGAUACAUUGACUGAGCUUUAGAAUUCUUCUCCACUAUAUGUCAUCUCGUUCAACCUACUUUGCGCAGCUGUGGAUAUCGUUGAAACUAAUUUAUUAUUGAUAAUUCAUUUUUUGUUGAUUAUUAUUGAAUCUUCCAAUCUAUUCCAAAGUUCUUCGAAAAAAUUAAGAAAUCUUGUUCACUUUUCCAUGUCAUUGAUUUAUAAACUAUUGUAUUUUUCUUUUUUUUUUUCAAUUUGCUGAUUCGAUUCAAAAUCGAGCAGAUAUUAUUUUUUGUAUUAUAUUAUAUAAAUCUAAAAAUUAUUACCAAUUUUUUUCUGUGAAUUAUAUCGACUGGAAUGGUGGGAGAUAAUUUGAUUUUUAAUUUUUCAGUAUUUGUUUCGAAUUUUAAGAGUGGUACAUAUUUAAUUGAUUAAUUAAUGUUCAAAAGUUAAGAUUCAACCAUAAGACUUGCCAUUUGUUUAUUAAAUUAUAUAAUGAAAAAA